AUCGCAAUGAAAGGCCUACUUCUCGAACAGAUAAAACUAGAGAUGACUCUGGAUUGACACCUAAUGAUGCUGAAAAGGCCAAAGGAGCAAAAUCCGGUGAUACAGUUAAACCUAGUGAAGGAAAAAGAAAAGGGGAUGAUGGCAGUGAAAGACCAACUUCUCAUCCAGAUAAGGCUAGAGCAGAUGACUCUGAAUUGACACCUAGAGGCCCUGAAAAGGCCAAAGAAGCAAAAGCUGGUGAUGCAGUUAAAUCUAGUGAAGGGAAAAGAAAGGAGGAUGAUGGCAGUGCAAGACCAAUUUCUCGAGCAGAUAAGGCUAAAGCAGAUGACUCUGGAUUGACGCCUAAAGGCGCUGAAAAAACCAAAGUAGCAAAAUCGGGUAAAGCAGUUAAACCUAGUGAAGGGAAAGGAAAGGCGGAUGAUGGCAGUGAUAGCCUAACUCCUCAAGCAGUUGAUGGUAAAAAAUAUUACGCCAGCUUAACAUCUAGUGAUAGUGAUAUAGCCAGAGGACUAAAAUCGGGUGAUGCAAGCAAGUCUAGUGAUGGAAGGGGAAAGGCAGAAGAUAAAAGUGAUAAGUCAUCUUCUCGAGCAGGGAAGACAAGAGCAGACUCUGGAUUGACACCCAGUGGUGCUGAAAAGGCCAAAGGAGCAAAAUCAGGUGAUACAGACAAACCAAGUGAUAGAAAAGGAAAGGCAACUGGUACAGCAGACGACUCCGGAAAAAAAUCCGGUGAUACAGGAAAACCAAGGGAAGGAAAAGGAAAGCCACCAGACAGCAGUGACAGGCCAACUUCUCGAACAGGUAAGAGUAGAGCAGAUGACUCUGAACUGAAAUCUAGUGACGCUGAAAAGGGCAGAGGAGUAAAACCUAGUGAAGCAGAGACAACUCGCAAACCAAUGUCUCGAGCAGGUACAGGUAGAGCAGACGACUCCGGGUUGACUCGCAGCGAAGAUGAAAAAACUAAAGGAGUAAAAUCUGGUGAUUCAAGUAAACCUAGUGACCUAAAAGGAAAAGAAACCGAUACUAGGCCAACUACUGGACUGACACCUAGCGAUUCUGAAAGAGGGAAGAGGCUAAAACCAGGGGAUGCACUAAAACCUGAUAAAGAAAAAGGAAAGGAAAUUGACAGUAGUAGUAAACCGACUACUCAAUUAGCUACAGGUAAAGCAGAAGACUCUGGAGAAGUUGAAAAAACUAAGGGAGCAAAAUCGGGUGAUGGCAGAAAAUCUGAUCAUGAAAAAGGAAAGUCAGUUGAUGAGAGAGCUGGCAAAGAUGACGACUUAAAAGCUAAGACACCUGGUGAAAAAAGUGAACAAUCUGGAGAUAAAGAUGCAAAAGUAAUAGCUCCUGUAAGAGGAAGGGGUAGAGGCCGAGUAGCAGAAUCAACAGCUAAGCCCGGUGAACCUGAUGAGUCAAAAGUCGACGACAAAAGAACGGAAAGCAUGCCAGCUGGUGAAAGAGAGCUAGCUAAAACCAAAGCCAAACCUGAUGCUGAAUACAAAUCUCGAAAAGAAGCUCAAGAACAAGCUAUUUAUGAUACAGAAGGUAAAGAAACUACGCCAAGAGUGAGAGGUAGAGGAAGAGGUAUUUCUACAGACUCAAAGUCCCUACUUGGAGAAGCUGGCGGAUCAAGAGGUGCCACACCUAGUGAGAAAGGAGAAAUCGUAAAACUCAAAGAUGAUGAAAUUAAAAAUAAGGGAGUGACAGAUAAGGAAGAUGGAAUAGGUGGUGGAAAACGAGGAACAGAAAAACCAUAUAAAUCCGGAAAAAUUGAUGAUACCAAAGUGAACGGUACUAGUGGCAAAGAAAAAGCAGAUAAAGAUAAAGCAGUUCGGGACAAAGAUCAAAGGGCACCGGGAGAUAAAAAGUCUGGAGAACCUGUUGUUAAGCUUGGUGAACAAUAUGAGAAAAGUCAAACAGCUUUAUCAGAUAGAGAAAAAGAUAGUAGGAAGCCUGAAAUAGAAAGAGAGAUAAAACCAAGUGAAAAAAGAAAAGAAGCAGAGGAACCAAAAGUACAUCCCGUACUAGAUAAGACGAUGGAUGCAGAUAAAAGAACAGGACAAGAUGUUUUGGGUAAAAAAUCAGAUCAAAAGGAGCCAAUUGUAAAAAAAAUCCCCAAAGAGAGUGAUGUUGAAGUUCAGCCCCUACGUCGACAAGAAGAUGAUUCGAAAUUAAAAGGCAAAGACCAGGCUGUUGGCGAUAAGCGUCAAGAAGGUGGCCUUGACUCAGUUCGACCAGCUACAAGUCGUGGAAGAGGUAGAGGCCGAGUGUCUGAAUCAAAAACUAAACCUGGAGAAGCAGAUAGCCGAGUAUCAGACAUUUCUCCAGAUGCAAAAUCAAAAGAAGAGGAUGUCAAAAGCGAAUGUGGGUCAAUCUGCAAAAGCAUUUCAGAGGAUAUAGAACCUCCUGAAACUCAACCACGUAAAGUAGACAGAUUAGAGGAAGUAACUACGAAAAAGACACCUGAAGGUAGAGAAUCUCUUGACCAAAAAGGAACUGAAAGAAAAGAAGAAGGUACAGUUCCUGAGGGCAAAGAAAAAUAUAUAGAAAAGAUUGUCCCUAAAGAUAAAGCUAUGAAAGAUAAAAUCUCUGCGGAAGAUAAAGGCAAGGAAAGAUUGCAAAAACCAGCAAAAACGGAAGAUGAAAAAAGUAAAAAGAUGAUACAAGAUAAGGUUGAUGCUAUAUCUUUUGGAAAAAAAUUGCCUGAAGAACAAACAAUUUCAGAUACGGAAAAGGAUAAAGAUCAAGAAAAAAUCAAAUUUGACGCACACGGAAAGAAACCUAUGCAGAGUCCCACUCAAAAAACCGAUGGUGAAAGCGAAGAAUAUAUACCCACAGAAGAGAAGCUAGAUAAGCAGAAAGAACAGCUUAAAGAAGAAGGUCUAAGCCCAGAAGAAGUAGCGUUGGAACCUAAAGAGCGUCAUAAGACUAAAAAAACCAUCCCAGACAGAAUUAAGCAGUUAAGAGAAAAGUUAGCACAUGAUAAAAGUAAAAGAUUAUCUUCAAAAGACCUGGAGGAAUUAAGCCCUGAUGAACUUCAAGAACUUGAAAAAGAGUUAGGACCCACAGAGUUUAAGAAGUUAACUAAGAAAUAUAAAGAAACAAUUCCAGAAAAAAUUAAGGAGUUAAAAAAAAAAUUAACUCCCGAAAAGGCAAAAAAGCUAACUCCUGAGCAACUUGAACAAUUAAGUCCUGAAGAAUUAGAACUGUUGGAGAAGGAACUCGCUUCUGAAGAAGAAUUACCAUUAGCAACUCCAGAAAAAGUCAAAGUAUUAACUCCUAGUGAAAUUAAAAAAUUGACUGAAGAUUUAGGCCUUGAAGAAGCUAAAAAGCUCAUGCCUGAGGAUGAAUCUGAAAAGUUAGAUAGAGAGCAAUUAAAGAAAUUUGCAAAAAAAUUAGGUAGUAAAGAUUAUGAAAAAUCAGAAAAAAGUAGAGAGAAGGAAUUGAGUCUUAAAGAAAGCAAGAUACUAGCUCCCAAAGAAGAAGCAAUAGAGCCUGAAGAACUUGCAAAAUUAAGUCCGGAACAAUUAAAAGAUUUGCAAAAGAAACAAGCCCUUGAAGAGAGUAAAAAACUUUCUCCUGAAGAAUUGACACCUGAAAAGCAAAAAAUAUCAGAACCAGGAUUAGGUCUAGAAAAAGAAAAGAAAUUAGUAUCUAAAGAUCUUGAAAAGUUAAGCUUAGAAGAGCUAAGAGAUUUAAAAAAAGAGCUAUUCCCCGAAAAAGAAGCACUAUCUGCUGAGGAUUUGAAAAGGUUAACUCCUGAAAAGCUAGAGCAGUUACAGAAACAGAAAGAACUUGAGUUGGCUGAAGGACCCUCAAAACUUGAACCGAUAGGCCCUGAUAAACUCAAAAUUAUAACGCCCCAAGAAUUAGAAGAAUUAGCUGAACAACAAGGCCAAGAAUUAGGUAAAAAACUUAGUGAGGACCUAGGAAAGUUAAGUACACAAGGGUUAAAAAAGUUACCAGAAGAGUUAAGUCGUGACGAGGAAGACAAGCUUAAAGAAUUAAGCCCGGAACAACUUAAAGAUUUAGAAAUAAAAUUUGACCUAACGGAGGGAGAACUAACUGAUGUAGGUCUUAGAAAAUUAACUCCCGAGCAGCUUAAAGAAAUAGAGAGAGAAUUAGGACCUAAAAGAGAAAAAGUACUUCCCGAUACAUUUGCCAAGAUAUCUCCGGAAGAGCUUGAUAAGUUAAACUCUGAAGAGCUUAAAGAAAUGCUUAGAAAAGUAAGACCAAACAUAGAUAAGACUGAACAACUAGAAGAAUUAACCCCCGAGGAAAUAAAAAGAUUGCUUACUGAAAAGGCUCGCGAGGAGGAAGAACCAAGAGAACGCUCUUUAACUCCUAGUGAUAUAGAACGUCAAAGAUUAUUUGCAGAUAGAGGUGAGAUAUACAUAACACCUGAAGGCUUUAAAAGUGCCCCUUCUAGGAGAACAAAAGAACCACCUUGUAACUUAGAAUGCAUACAUCCAGAAAGGCGUAAGCAUUCGCCCAAGGCUUUUAUAAGUGAAGAUAAAUUAGCAAUACCUGGACCGUCCACACUAUACCCUAAGACAGAAGACACGCAACCUGCAGUAAAAGUUUGUAAAGCAAGGUGUAAUUUACCAAAAAGUCCCGAAAAACUGUCCUCCCAGGCUUCGUUGAUAGACGACACUCUUGAUUUAAGUAUAGAACACAGUGAACGCGAAAUCUAUAAACUAGUUAAAGAAGGAAAACCAGAAUCUGAUGAAGCAACAGAUACUUCUUUAAGUCAGCCUCUUACACCUCACAAAAGUCUUCUUGGUAAUGACACUCAAGAUGAAGCAUUUUUCUCAGCGCGAUCAAAAGACGAUGCUACCGAAACAAGAAGGGCUUAUCAUAAGUGUAUGGCUCCUUGUAGAAAUGCACGAGACCGACCUUCUUUAUUUGGGGAAGAAACUGGAGGAGUUAUUACAGGAACGGAUCAUGAAACUUCUCAAGAUUUAAUACCAACAGGAUAUUAUAUGCCACAAGAUAUUUCACCUCGGGAAUCCAUGCCUAAAUGGUUAAAAGAUGUACCAGAUAAAACUGAUGAUACUCUAUCAGAAACAAAAAUACCUAGUAUAACAGAAACAGAGGCAGCAAAAGCAAGUCGUCUAUUAGAAGAAGCCGGUGCGAGUGAAAGAAAAAAGAAACCAAAGCUGGUUUUAGAAUGGACCACUGAUUCGGAAAAAAGUAUAGAAAAACUAGAAAUUCCAGAAAAUAUUAAAGGGUCUAACGUUAUUUCAAAAGUAUUAUCUGGGCAAGUAGUCGGACUUCCACCAUCCAUUCCAAUAUUGGAACAGUCAACACCGAAAAAUCUUGCAAAAGCAUUAUAUCAAUGUAAAGCGAAAUGUGCCACAGGUGGCAAUGUAGCUGACGCGAUAAACAUUGAAACUGCUGAAGAUAUUAGUGAUAUUAAUACAGAUUCUGAAAUUCAAGAAGAAGCUAUCGAACCUACUUUACAAACUGGUACGAUUUAUAGUCCGAUACCUGACGAAACUGCUAUAGAACAGGAAGGUGAUGAUACAUUGGUUAACCAGAAUUUGUCAGAGCAAAUAGAUACCCAAAAUAUAAUGUCACGUGAAAACAAAAGUAACACAGCUACUGAAGACGAGUUUCUCGAUGCAGAGCAAGAUCAAAAUAAAACAAUUGAAACAGAAAUUAUUUCGGAACAGGAAGAGACAAUACCUUUUGAGUUACUAAAAGUUGAGGAUGCCGUAUCAAACAAAGUAUAUUCACAACCACCAACUGCUGAUAAAAAAAUAGACUCAUCUGAAAAGGUAAGUAACGUGGAUUCUGACCAAUUAGAGUCUACUGAGGGUCCAACAGAAGAAUUUAAAGAUGCAGAAGAUGAUGAGAGAAUGUCAAAGUCAAGACCUAGGAAGUCCAUAAAUUUCACUGAUGAUCAGUUUAUAGAAAUAGCAUCCGAAAAAUUAGAUGAACAAGAAUCUGUGUCGUUGGAAGACUGGUCAACACCGAAAGUGGAAUUUGUCGAUACUGAAGCUAUUCCAAAAGAGGUUGUUCAAGAAAAUACUGCACAAGAUCUAAGUCCCUCAAUUGCAACACGUACGGUUACAAUAAGUAAAGAGAAUCUUGGAAACUAUGCGGAGGCUCUUGAAAAAAUGCCUACAGUUGAAAAGUCCAGCGGUCCCGCCAGAUUUGCUAGUUGGUUCAAAUCUGAUGAACCGGAAGAAGAUCAAGCCUCUAAAAAACCGCAAAAACUUCAGACAACUCUACCGAAGAAGUCGAGCAACCUAGUCAACUGGUUUAGGAAAAAACCAGCAGAAAGAAAGAUGUCUAGCGUUCCAACGAGCACCCACGAUCUAAACGAAGAAUACAACUACUCACCUGAAUUAACCACUCCGUAUUAUGAGUAUGAUAAUUCUUUUGUCUGUAAGUCCAUUUGCAGAAAGCACUACGAAAGUGGUAAAUCAACACCUUGUUUGCACCAACGCGAAUAUGAUCCGAAUAGACAAAGUUCGUCAAAACAAGCUGACACAAACAUUUAUGUUAAUGACUUAAGACCAAGGUCUGCUCAGUCUUCUUCUGAAUCAAGAGGAGCUAGACCAAGACCCUGCCGAGCUGCCUGUUCAACCGGUCCUAAGCUUGACAAUGCUACGUCGCCUGCCGGAUUAGAAGCAUCGGUAACAACUGAGCCUCAAUACAGAGAUACUCAACAACAUACUUCAAUGUUAACUGAUAACACCUUUGAGUUGGAAGAGUUGCUACAACGGAUGUUCGAGGAACCCCCUAAAUUUUCAUGCCGUGCUAGUUGUAGUACUGGACCAAUAUCUAAAGAACAGUUAAUGCAAAUAUUGGAAAACGAUUUAGCUGCCAAAGAUGCUUACUGCGCAGAACAGAGAAAAAUUGCAGCGGCUGCGCUAGAACAACUUAAUAAUAUCAAGCAUAUUGUAGAGGAACGAGAUGAUCUCAGAAAAAAAUUGCAAAAUUCCCAGUCUGAAUUGGCUGAACUAAAGAAAAAUUUAGAACAUGGAUUCGGAGAUGCAGAUCUUAGACUGGAUUCGAAAAACUCUGAGCAUUAUGUCCCCUUCCAAGACUCCAAUCAACCAACGAAAAGCACUGAUGAGGAAAUCAAAUCCCUUGAACAAGAGAUUUCCCAAAUGCGUAGUUCCCAGCAGGCUCCGCAACAAGAAACGGUUAUUAUUAAAAAGGAGGUCGAAGUUCUCAAGCGGUAUUGCUCAAAAUUAUCUCUGAUACAAGAUGAAAACCAGAAACUAAGGACGGAAAAUGAGGAACUUGAAAAACAACGUCUGGAAUAUGAAAAAAAGAUUAAAAGUCUAGGUUGUGAUGGCUCCGAAUCUCAAUUGAAUGAACUGAAAGAAAAGAUAUCGCAGUACGAACAAGCUACUGCAGAACGAGAUGUUCUUCAAAACAGAGUUAAAACUUUAGAAAGAGAACUGAAUUCUUACCAGGAUCUUCCGCACGAGGUUGAAGUAUUUAAAAGACGUUCCAUUUUAUUGGAUGAUGUUUUGAAAGAUCGUGAUCGUUUGGCUAAACGUGUUGAGCAAAUGAGAGGCAUGGACGAAGAGCUUAUGAUGUUAAAACAAAAGGCUGAUAGGGUGGAUGAUUUAGAACGUCAGCUACGCCUGGCAAUUAAAGAUACUCAAGCUGCAGAGGAUGAACUAGACACCAUGCGAAAUAAAUGUGCUAUAGCCGAGAUCGAUAUGAUAAAACAAAAAUCGGAAGCCGAUACCUUACAGUCUCGACUAUGCUGUAUGGAACACGAAGUGGAAACUCUUAAGUCUAUGUGUAAGGAGCUAGAGAUUAUACAAAUUGAAAAGGAAAGGUUGCAAGCAAGUCUGGAUGAACUGGUUCGUAUGCAAGACGAUUAUGAUCAUAUGUGUGUUCAGAUGAAAGCUCUAGAUGUAGUUAAAGCUGAAAGGGAUCGAUACAAGAGGAAAUACGAAGACCUAGUGGGUGUUGAAGAGGAAUGCAAUUUGCUAAAAGAGCAACUAAUGAAAGUAAAAAAUAUAGCCAAAGAAAGAGAUAUUUUGCAGAAGCAAUCAUACGACUUAGAAAAAUGUAUUUGUGAGCAAGAAGACGAAAUCAAACGACUAGUGACACAUAUUGAUUGUUUGGCUCAAGGCAAAGAGGAUCAGCAAAAUAAGCUUAAAGAAGUCGUUUCAGGUCUACAGCUAGAGCUUGAGAAGAAAGAGAGUCUCUUAGUAAUGUCAGAAGAAAAAAUGGCCAACAUGCAUGGAAAGAUCGACACAUCGCUCCACAGCCUCUCUGAAGAAACCGCCAUGUUGAGAAAAGAAAAAAUUAUACUUGAAGACAAAAUUGGAAAUUUAGUUAAAGAAAAUCAAAAAUUAGAAAAAUCGAACAAGAUGAAAGAUAUCGAAACUGCUGAGCUAAAGCAAUUAAUUGAUAAAAAAGAAGCAGAAAAUAAUAAAUUACAGAAAAAAUUAAAAGACAAAAACCGAAUAAUAGAGACAAUGCAAGAAGUUUUAGAUGAUCGAGAAUUGACCCCAUUACACAGUACACUAGAAUCGCAUAGUAACUUGGCCAAUGCGCAAGAGAUAUCCAGACUUCAAAAUGAGCUAGCAAGUGCCAAAGCCGAUAACCAAAAACUACAAAUGUUAGCAGCAUCACAAGCAGGUUCUAGUAGCACAGGAAUUAAUAAUCAGGUGAAAGAUAUGCUGGAACAAUCAAAAACUGCUAUUCAGCGUAUCAGCUUGGAACUAGAGAACCAGUAUGCCGAAUGGGACUCUGCUAAGAAGAAGUUCCGAUGUUGUCCAGGGUGUAAUUGUAAGCGGAAAACACAGCAGCCAGAGCCUAGAGUCAUUAUCAGGUGCUGCCCGGGUUGCAAUUGUAAAAAAAGACGAGGAGCAACUCAAAAAGAUGAUCGACCUUCAUGUCUUUGUCCUUCAAGGAAAACAAAAAGCGCAAACUCUUCUCCUAGGCCAUGUGUUUGUAGACAUGCAGGGCAACAAACCGAAGAAGAGUUUAAAAAGCCAAGCGUACACUGUACAUGUAAUAGAAAAAUAUAUUCUAAGCAAGCCGAGGCUUCUAGUAUAUCCAGCAAGGAUUCAACUGAUGAAGACUCACAACAAACAGAUAUUGAUCAGGGAGAAUCUUUGGAAGUUCCAAGAACUAGCGAAAGUACCAAAUCCAGAAAACGAAUUACCAAAAAAGUUGCACCUACAAUUGAAGAAUACAAGCAGGGCCAGUCUUCUAAGGCAAAAGAACCCGUACAAACUAAAUCAACGCAAAUGUCUGAACAGGAAACUAUCGAUAAAAAUACAAGCCAGCAGCCUAAGCCAACUAUAAAUCAAAUAAUUGGUAAAGAUUCUAAGCAAGCGGAGCCUUCUCAAUUACCACAAACAUAUGAAUACCCCAAACAAGGCGAAAUACAUAAAAUAACAGCCACUAAUGAAUCUUCUAGGAACUCCAAAUCGGUAGAAAAUCCGGAAUGGAGAAAUCUCAAUUUACCAGUAGGUACUGAUGAAGAGGAAGAUCCAAUGUACACUGCAAGAUCUACGGAAGAAAGUAGACAGAAAAUAUUAGAGUUAGAGAAAGAGUUACAGAAAGCCAACGAAAAAAUAAUUCAUCUAAAAGACCAAAUUGCAGGUAUUGAAAGGGUAUCAGAUGAAAAUGUGGCUUUAAGGAAACAUUCCUCAGAAGUGCAGCAAAUUGCUAAAGAUCAAAUACAAGAUAUGGCGAAUCGCGUAAAAAGUCUGAAUGACGAUAUUACAAAGUAUCAAAAUGAAAACAAAAAACUUCAUACUGAAUUGAUCGAAGCGAAAAAACUUUUAAAAGAUACUGGUCAUGGUUCUAUUAAAGAGGAUGAAAAGAAACACGUGAAACUAGGCCAAACCUCGGAGAUUAGGUUCUCUACUGGCCCAGACGACCUCAUUAUGGACUUGAAUGAAGCAAAAAGAAAAAUCAAAGAUCUAGAAGCAAAACUUUGCAAACAAAAAUAUGAUUUAGCAACGGCAAAAAAGAAGCUUAAAAGCACAGGGGUAGGUAAAGAAAUCACCCAUGAUGGGGGAGUGCAACAUUUCGAACCAGAUAACGCUGGACUGAUGGCCCCAGGACAAAAGGGAUCCUCGUUACAUACUAGCUCAUCAUCUGAAGAACCCAUGUUGGAAGUUUAUAAUGACGAAUUUGCUCAAAGACUAACACAGUGCAUUGAAGAAAAAAAAAAGCUCCAACAACUGGUAGAAAAUUUAAAACAAGAGUUAGGAAAAGCUGGAAAAGGAGAAAAUAUCCUUGACUUAGGCGAGCAAGUACAACUUAAAACCGAUUUAGUACAGUGCUUACAGGACAAAGAAAAACUCUUAGCAGAAAUUGAGAAACUAAAAAAGGCGCAAGAAAAAUCAGAUUAUAAUGGCUCAGAUGCAGAGUAUGUUAGAAGGCUAAAAUCAGACUUAGAAUCGUGUUUAAAGGAACGUGAAAACUUCCAAAAAAUAAUCAAAAAGUUGCAAGAUCAGCAUUCUGAUAAAGUAAUGGAGCUUCCCGAUAUGGCUGCAUUUACAAAUCUAAAAUCUGAUCUAAGCCAUUGCUUAGAAGAAAAAGAAAAACUUUUAAAAAUAAUUAAGCAAUUGGAAAAUCAACUUUCUGAAGGUACAGGAGGGCAUCCUGAUAUGGCAGCAUUUACAAAGCUGCAAGUUGAUCUAAACCAAUGCUUAGAGGAGAAAGAAAAUCUCUUAAAAAAAGUUAAGGACCUUAAUAGCUGUCUCAAUGAAAAAGAAAAUUUGCUAAAGUUAGUUAAAGACCUACAACAGCAACUUGCAACUGGAGAUGCUGACCUACCCGAUAUGAGAGAGUUUGCAAAAUUAAAAGCUAACUUAACUACAUGCUUGGAAGAAAAGGAGUUACUUUUUCACAAACUAGCGAAGCUUGAAAAGAGAAUGUGUAUGGAAAAUUCAAAGAUUAAAUCCGAUUUAGCAGAAUGUUUAAAAGAUAAGGAAGAUCUUCUUAAGGAAAUUGAAAGGCUUAAAAAGUUGGUGGAGCAUUUGCAGAGCAAACUUCCUUCAGAAUAUAAAACUCAGGACUUAGCUACUUCACAAGAAAAAGAACAGUUCGACAAUAUGCUUAAGGAUAAUGUUGGGAUAACGUCUCGUAGAAGUUCAAAGUUAGAAGGAGAAAUUGAAUCUCUCAAAAAACCUUUACCCGAAAAAGAGCAACUCGAUCAAGCCAAUAAGGAACUCCAAAACCAAAUAAUGGAUCUACUUAAUAAAAUAGCUGCUUUACAAAGUGACAAUGAGAAAUUAAAAGCAGAACUCUCAAAAAAUAAAAAUGACGUACUACAACUGGAACAGGGAACAGACAAGAUAGAUACUUUACAAGAAGAAGAAAAACCAGAUAUUUCUAAAAUCAAAGCAGAGUUGGAAAAAUGUCUUAAGGAUAAACAAGAUCUUUUAAAUACAAUAGAAAGCUUAAAGAAUCAGCUGAAAGCAGUAUCCCUAACAGAAUCGAAAGAUGGCCAAGAAAAUGCCGAUUUAAGACCGCAACUAGAAAAUUAUAUCCGAGAGAAGAACGAUUUACUUAAAACUAUCGAUGACUUAAAAAAACAGCUUGCAGAAAAGUCUGAUUGGGUGCCCAAAGAAGCGCUCGAUUCUCUUCAGAAUAAGCUAGAACACGCCACCAAGGAUAAAGAUUCAAUCGCGCAAACGCUUAAAGAAGUUACGCUACCUACUGAUAAGAUGACUCAACUUUCUGAAAUGGAUAAUCUGAGGGAUAGAAUUACCGCACUUUUAAAAGAUAAUGAUGCUCUUCAAAAGCUUGUCGAUGAGUUAAAGAUGAACAAUAAAAAACUGGCAAAGGAAAACGAUGAUUUAGACAAAAUGCUUACGAGUAAUGUUGUGACAACGUCUCGUAGAAGUUCAAAGUUGGAGGGCGAAAUUGACUCCCUAAAGAAACUUUUACCCGAAAAAGAGAAACUCGAUCAAGCCAAUAAGGAACUACAAAAACAAAUAAAGGAUCUACUUGAUAAAAUUGCUGCUUUACAAAGCGAUAAUGAUAAAUUAAAAGCAGAACUUUCAAAAAAUAAAAAUGACCUACUAAAACUAGAACAGGAAAAAGACAAGAUUAAGGCCGCUUCUGCAGAUCCAUCGCUCCUAGAUAGUUUACUUAAAGAAAAUGACAGCCUUAAAAAACAACUAGAGCAGCAGAAAAAAGAAAUAGAUGCUCUUAAUGAAAAAUUAAAGCAGCAGGUUGUCCCUCUGGAUAAGACGGCGUUCGAUAAAGAGAAAAAAGAUAAAGAUGCCUUGCAGUCGACCAUAAAUGAUCUUGAAAAUCAGCUGAAAAACUUAAUGGCCAAGGAGCGAGUUAAAACACCUGAACCAAGUGAUGAUUUGUCUGCGAAAAUAGAAGCUUUAUUAAAGAAACUAGAAGACGCUCAAAAACGUGCAGAUUCAGCUGAAGAAGCUCUGAAGAGGCUUAAAGCAAGUGACCCAACUGUCAUGUUAAAUGCAGAGUUGCAAAAGCUUAAAGACAAAAUCGCUUAUUUAGAAAAACAGGCCGCUGAUUUGCAAGAAGCGCUGCAACAGGCGAAUGGUGAGAAAAUGAAUUUGAAAAAAGAUUUAGAUAAUGCCAAUAGUGCAGCCAAAAAGGCCAAAGAAGAAAACGAGGCUCUAUUAAAAUCAAUUGAAGGCCUAAAAGCUGAUAAGCAACAGUUAAAUGAUGAUAUCAAAAAAAUGGGGGAUAAAACACCAAUCAGCCCUGCAUCAGGUGAUGAGAAUUUAAAAAUAAAGCAGCAGCUUAAUGGGUUACAAGACGAAAAUAAUACUUUAAAGAAAGAUCUGGAUCAACUAAAGGGAGAAAAUAAAAGAAACGCUGAUAAGUUAAAUGACGCUUUAGAUGAAAAUGGAAAUUUAAAGAAAAUGUUAGCUCAAGCAGAGAAUGAAAAAAUUAAAGCGCAAAAAGAUUUAGCCGCAGCUUUAUCAGAUGCGAAAAGAGCAGGUGAUAAGCUCCUUGAGUUAGAAAAAGAAAAUGCCAAAUGUAAACAAAGUGUUAAAGACCUUGAAAACGAAAUUUCAAGAUUAAAAAAAGAAAUGGAUAGUUUAUUAGACGAAGCUAAAAAAGCUGCAAAAAUAAUAGCCGACUUACAAGCUGAAAUUGGUGACUUAAAGCAAAAGGUGGCCAAACUCGAAUCCAUAAAUUCUAAAUUGGAUGAUGAAAAUAGUAAAGUUAAGAAAGAAUUGGAACAGGCCCGAGGGGGAUCUCACGCUAUCGCUAGUCUUCAGGAUGAUAAUAACAAAUUGCAACAACAAAACGCUAGUCAGCAAACAGAAAUUGACAAACUUAAAAAGAAGUUAGAAGAUGCUUUAGCAGAUGCAAAAGCUAAGAUUGCUAUAGCCACAAAACUUCAGGAUGAAUUAGACGCCUUAAAGAAAAAAAUGCAGCAGUUAGAUAAUGAAAACACUGAGUUAAAGAAAAAACUACCUGUUCCUGGAACUGAGAACAAGAUCGACGAUUUACAAAAUAAAUACGAUGCUCUCAGGCAAAAGUUAGCGGAAGUCGAGAAUGAAAAUCAGAAAUUAAAAAAAGAUUUGCAACAAGCGCUCGACAAUGCUAAAAAACUAAAUGAUGACAUUAAUGCUCUAAAGCAAUCUGAAAAGAAAUGUAAAGAUAAAAUAACACAAUUAGAGAAUGAAAAUGAAGGGUUAAGAAAUAAAUUAAACGCUACAUUAGAUGACAUGAAAAAAAUGGGCACUGAAGUGAGCGGCAUUCAGGGAGAUGAGUCAAAAUCAAAGCAAAAAGCAGCAAUAUUAGACGGAGAAAACGCAAAACUCAAAAAAGACCUUGACGCAGCAUUAAACAACGGGAAAAACUUGGCGGAUGAAAACUCAAAACUGAAAGAUGAAAAUGUGAAACUUAAGCAGCGAAUAGCCCAGCUAGAAGGUGAAAACGCUAAGCUAAAAGCUGAUCUUGAUUCAGCGCUCAAAAAUUUAAAAAAAUCCAUGGAAGAAUUAAAAGAUAAACAAGAUGAAAACAAUAAGCUUCAGAACAAGACAAAACAAAUGGAAAAAGAAAGCGAACAGUUCAAACAGAAGCUAGAAAACGUUAUAAAAGAUAGUCCCAAGCCUAUCGCCAGUGAAGAUAAAAGUUCUCAACUUGAAAACGAACUAGCUAGAAUCAAAAAGGAGCUUGAAAAUGCCAACAAAGAAGCCAAAGAAAAUGCUCAAGGUCGCACUCAGCUACAAAAUGAAAACAAUCAAUUACUGCAAAAAAUAAAGCAGCUAGAAGCUGAGAAUAAUAAACUCAAAGCAGACCUAGAAGCUGCCUUAAAGAAAUCUAAAGCCACAGAAAGUGAACUAGCACAACUAAAAGAUGACCAAUCCAAGUUAAAAGACAAGUUAUCAGAGCUACAAUCUAAUAAUGACAAGCUCCAAAAGGAGAAGGCAGCUUUAACUGAUGAUGCCAAGAAAGCUGCGACAGACUUGGCAAAACUCUCAGAAGUAAAGGAAAAUGAAAAUAAAUUAAAGCAAAGAAUUGCACAGCUAGAAGCUGAAAAUGCAAAAUUAAAAAAAGAUUUGGAUGCUGCUCUUGCAGAAGCUAAAAAGGCAAUUACUGAUUUAUCGAAAGCCAAUGACGGCAAUGAUAAAUUACGGCAGCAACUUUUAAAAGCCGAAAAUGAAAACAAAAAAUUAAAGUCUGAUUUGGACGCAGCGGUAAUGGGAGCAAAAAAAGAUUCUCUUGGCAUAAGUGACCUUAAAGAAGUCGAUGAUAAAUUAAAACAAAGAAUAGCCCAGUUAGAAGCUGAAAAUAACAAGCUUAAAGACGAACUUGACAAAGCCAUGGAAGGCACGAAAAAAUCGCUCAAUGAUUUCGCCAAGCUUCAAGAUGAUGAAAACAAAUUGAAACAAAAACUUGCACUGCUGGAGGCUGAAAAUGGCAAACUUAAAAAAGACUUAAGUAGAAGCCAAAGUGAUGCCAAAACAGAAGGGGAUAAUACCGAAAGUUUGAAAAAUGAACUUGCAAAAUGUAAAAAACGAGUGGUAGACCUAGAAAAUGAUAUCGCAAAUCUUAAAAAACAACUGGACGGUGCUUUAAAUGAUGCUAAAAAUAAAGCGAACGAAUUAUCAAAAGCUCAAGAUGAAAUUAAUAAUUUAAAACAUAAGCUUGCACAAGCAGAAAAAGAUCACGAACGAGCAAAAAUAGACCUUGAUACUGCUGCUAAGGAUACUAAAGCUGGAUCUGACAAAGAAAAGAAACUUUCAGAUGAGAACGCCGAACAAAAGAAAAACAUAUCAAACCUUGAAAAUGAACUAGCAGACAUGAAGAAACAAUUGGAAGCAGCCAAAAGAGGAGCUACUGCAGCCGUAGUUAAGCCGAUAGAUUUGAAUGAAAGUGAAAAGAAGCUUGGAAAUGUUCAAAACGAAAACGCUAAGUUAAAAAAUGAUCUAGAAACAGCUUUGCAAGACGCCAAAAAGGCCAUUGACUUGCAAGAUGAAAAUGAUAAACUGAAACAAAAAAUUUCAAAGUUAGAAGCAGAUAUUGACAAGUUGAAAAGUGAUUUGGCUAGCACCAAAAAAAGUGCAAGUAAAGCUAAAAUUGAUUUAGGAAGGAUGAAAGACAAGGAGGUCCAAUUAAAACAAAGAAUCGCUCAACUUGAAAAUGAAAAAUUAACAUUACAAAAACAGCUGGAUGAGGCUAAGGCUGCAGGAGCAAAUGCUAAUUCUUUGAAAGAUGAAAACAAAAAAUUGUUAGAUCAAAUUAAUAAACUACAAGAGCAACUGGAUAAAGCACAACCUGCGGUCGCCCGAGUCGAAAGUAAGCAAAUAAUUAAACCCACAGAUGAUAUUAAUAAUUUAAAAGAUGAGAUUGCAAAACUUAAGGAAAAGCUUGCUAAUUUACAAGGAGAAAAUGUAAAACUCAAGCAGCAAAAUGAUCAGGCAUCGUCAGCAAGACGAUCUUCCGAAAAGCAAUCAAACGAUGCCAAAAAUGAAAACGACAAACUAAAAGAGGCCAAUAAAAAACUCUCUGCAGAAAAAGAUAAUUUAAAGAAACAGCUUCAAGAUGCCCAAACUCAAAGCCAAAACCUAACAGACGAAAACCAGAGACUCAAAAAAACGAUUGAACAACUGCAACAGGAACUAGCAAAUCUUCGAAAUGAUUUAAGUAAUGCGGCAAAUGAGUUAGCUAAAGCAAAAACCGAAAACGGUAAAUUGAAAACUGAAAAUGAUCGGGCGCUACAGGAAUUAAAGAGUAAUAAGGAUGCUCUUAACAAUGCUUUGCAAAAAUUACAAGACGCAUCUGCCGAAAAACCAACAGGCGAAAAUUUAGAUGAUUACAAAAACCGAAUAAGCUCACUAGAAGCUCAGCUUGCAAAACAAAAGAAAGAAUGCGACGACACCAUAGCAAACCUCAAAGCACAAUUUGAUAAAGAAAAGAAAAAUCUUUUGAGUAAGAACGAUGAGGAUCUAAGUAAGCUCCAAAAAGCUCAGGAUGACUACAUUAAGAGUUUAAAUGACCAACAUAACAAGGAAAUUAAGGAUUUAAUGAACAUGAUGGAUAAGCUGCGCCAAGAACUGGAAGCGGCUAUUCGAGAAAGGGAUAGACUUAAAGGACUUAUAGAUGACCAAAGAAAAAAGAGCAUCGAAAUCAAAGGCAAAGUUGAAGAAGUGGAAAAAGUUAUUUCUAAAGAAAGGCGACGCAGUAAAGAACUUGAGCAGAAACACAGUGACCUGAAAUCGAUAACUUCUCUGCUGCAGCAAGAAUUACAGAAAGAAAGAAGAAAAUCAUCGCAGCUACAAAAAGAAAGGGAUGACUUGGGCGAUAAGUUAAAAUCAACCAUAAAUAAAAAGAACGACCUGGAAAAUGAAGUAGGAAACCUUGAGAUGGAAAAAGAAUCAUUGGAAAAGGAGAAACAUGAGCAAACUAGUAAGAUGGCAAAAGAUAGCGCUAUUUUCCAGAAAGAAAUCGAAAGGGAAAGAAAGAAAAGUAAAGAGCUAGAAGCAGAAUUGAAGUCUUUGGAAAAGAAAUCAACAAAGGACAGGAAGAAAAAGGAUGAUAAGCUGACGAUGGCCACAUUUGAAACCUUGACCCUAGCACCAACAGUACUGGCUAUAUCACCGCCUCUUUCAGACCAUGAGUUGGCGUUUUAUGCCAAGAAAGUAUGUCCAUGUGUCAAGAACUUGGAUGAUUUAUUAAGAACUGCUGCUAGAAAAGGGUUUGAUGUAUUAACAAUAGAGGAGUUGCAGUUUAUCCAUAAGCACUUAACUGAUGCGGUAGCAAAUACAUUGGAAAAAAUGGGACGUAAAACAGGAGUUCUACGACCCGCCGAAGCCGGAGAUCGGUUAUCUUUAUUACGAAGAAUAGCAGAACUGGAAGGAGACUUAUCAAAGAAACAGAAACAAACUCAGCAAAAAAUUGCUCAAAUGCAAAGCGCAGUAAAACAAGAAAAAAAUAGACUAACGGAACUCAGAAAAAAUCUGGAAAAAGAGAAGUUUGGAGCAACACCGGGUGAUCCAGCCAGAAUUCGCCUUGCCAGAGACGCGGAUGCGUUGGAGGAGAUGAAAAGACAAUUAGAAAAAAGAUUGGAUAAGGAACUAUUGCGGAUGAAACAAAAAACAGGACAAAAACGUACUGCUAGGGAAAGAGAGAUUCUCGAAUCUCCAGUAAAAGAUACGACUUAUUAUCCCACUUCUAAUUUAGAAGGUGCUGUAGGUUGUACCCCUAAUUUAAGAUUCGUCCGUUCUACUCCCAGAGGUCCACAGAUGGCUUUCCACUCAACAGGUCAUUUAUGAAGAUAUUAAUUGAUAAAAGAGGAACCCUUUUACUCAUAAUGGCUAUACUAAUCCAUAGAUGUUUAAGUCCGAUGUCUAUAAUCAUAUUUAAUGUAAAUCGUAAUUCAUAUUGAUUGCGUCAAUGCUAAUUUAUUGUGUAAUGUAACAAACUUAAUAGAUUAUUAUAUUAUCGUA